AUGGACGCAGAGGCCUGCGAGAUCGCGCGCCUGCCGGAGGAGCUCCUCUCGGCGGCGCUGGCCCGCACCUCCCCGCGCGACGCCUGCCGCGCCGCCGCGGUCUGCCCGGCCUUCCGCGACGCGGCGGACUCCGACGCCGUCUGGACCUGCUUCCUGCCGCGCGACCUCCCGCCGCUCGCCGACGGGGAGCUGCCCGACGCGCUGCCGCGCAAGAAGGACCUCUUCCUCCGCCUCUCCGACCAUGACAACCCUCUCCUCCUCCCGGACAAACUCGUGAGUAUGUGGCUGGACAGGGAGACCGGGGCCAAGUGCUACAUGCUGUCCGCGAGGAACCUCUCCAUCAUAUGGGGCGACACGCCGCAGUACUGGAGCUGGGUACCUCUCCCUGACUCUAGGUUCUCUGAAUGUGCUCAACUCUUGCACGUUUGCUGGUUCGACAUCAGCGGAAAGAUACCUUGCAAGAUGCUGACGCGGGACACUGUCUACGCCGCUUACAUAGUGUUCAAGGUGAACGAAAAUUCCCUCGGGCUGGAUUACCCUGUCCAGGAGGCAUCCAUCAGCGUCGGGGCAACUAACUUAACCCGCAAGGUUUGUCUCGAACACAAUGAUGAGGAUGAGGGUGAGGCUGGUGCGGUGCCUGGGCACUAUUGGCCAGUGAGGCCACAUCCGCCACAAAGAACCAGGAGAAGAAACCGCCGUGCAGUUCGUCAUGGCGAGAACGUAGGGCGCCCUCAGAAAAGAGCCGACGGCUGGAUGGAGCUGGAGCUGGGCGAGUUCUUCAACGAGGGGGGUGAAGACGGCGAGGUGUCCUUCAGCCUGAUGGAGACGAAAGGCGGGAACUGGAAGAGUGGCCUCAUCGUGCAGGGCAUCGAGAUCAGGCGCAAGAAAUCAGGCUGAUGUGCUUUUAGACGGCGGACAUCCCCGGUGAAGUAGAUAAAUAAGGGAAUCAUGCUUGGAAAUG